UGCCAACGCCCCGGUGGAGACGCUGAGGUCAACAUCAGAUUUGAAAUAUUUAAAGUGGAUAUAAAACUAUUUCAGCAAUGCAGACAAUUAAGUGCGUUGUGGUAGGCGAUGGUGCUGUUGGUAAAACAUGUCUCCUGAUAUCCUACACAACAAACAAAUUUCCAUCUGAAUAUGUUCCGACUGUUUUUGACAACUAUGCAGUGACAGUUAUGAUUGGUGGAGAGCCGUAUACUCUUGGACUUUUUGAUACUGCAGGGCAAGAGGAUUAUGACAGAUUACGACCGCUGAGUUAUCCACAAACAGAUGUAUUUCUAGUCUGCUUUUCAGUGGUCUCUCCAUCCUCAUUUGAAAAUGUGAAAGAAAAGUGGGUGCCUGAGAUAACUCACCAUUGUCCAAAGACUCCUUUCUUGCUUGUUGGGACCCAAAUUGAUCUCAGAGAUGAUCCUUCUACUAUUGAGAAACUUGCCAAGAACAAACAGAAACCUAUCACACCAGAGACUGCUGAAAAGCUGGCCCGUGACCUGAAGGCUGUCAAGUAUGUGGAGUGUUCUGCACUUACACAGAAAGGCCUAAAGAAUGUAUUUGAUGAAGCAAUAUUGGCUGCCCUGGAACCUCCAGAACCGAAGAAGAGCCGCAGGUGUGUGCUGCUAUGAACAUCUCUCCAGAGCCCUUUCUGCACAGCUGGUGUCGGCAUCAUACUAAAAGCAAUGUUUAAAUCAAACUAAAGAUUAAAAAUUAAAAUUCGUUUUUGCAAUAAUGACAAAUGCCCUGCACCUACCCACAUGUACUCGUGUCACACGAGGCCCCUAGGUAUGGCCCCCCUUUCCCCUCCCAGUACUAGUUAAUUUUGAGUAAUUGUAUAUUGUCAGAAAAGUGAUCAGUACUAGUUUUUGUUGUUUCAAAAAAAAAAAAAAAAUUUUUUUUUUUUUUUUUUAAAGCAAGGCAUGCUUGUGAUGACUCUGUAACAGACUAAUUUGAAUUGUUGAAGCUGCUCCCUGGUUCCACUCUGGAGAGUAAUCUGGGACAUCUUAGUGUUCUUAUUUUUUUUUUUUUCCUCUGUUUUUGGGGGGAGUGUGAGUGGGGUUUGUUUUUUAGUCUUGUUUUUUUAAUUCAUUAACCAGUGGACAGGCCUAAGGGGAGGAGGAUGGAUUGAUUCCACAUUCCACUUUUUAGAUCUAGUUUAGAAAACAUGUUCCCCAUCUGGUGCUCUUAGGAAGGAGUAUAGUAAAUGCCUCAUUUAAUAACAUACUCCUUUUUGAAAGAUGCCUUUUCUCUCCACCCUUGAGUAGAUCCAGUAUUUGAUGAAACUCAUGAAAGUGGGUGGAACCUGUCUUGCCCCUCCUCUUUUCUAGGAUGCACUAUCUAUGUGACUAUGACUUUCAAGGAAAUUUGUUUGCCAUUUGCUGAUAUUUUUUGGAAGUUAAUUUCUAACUUCUUUCACUGAUAAAUGAAGAAAAGUAUUGCACCUUUGAAAUAUUCCAAAUGGAUUGAGUUCAUAAUUAAAAAAAUUUUUUUUCCU